GUGGAACAUCGAGCGACUCAAUUCCAUGAUCUUCAUGCGCGUUACAGACCAAUCGUUGGAUUUCAUUCUGAUUUCAAUAAUAGAAUAGUGAUAUAUAAGUUAUGGCCAUCCUUCAAUACACGCGUCACAAACUCCUAAAGUAGUGUAAGGACAUACACCAAGGAAGGUAGGUAGUUAUAACCCGAAAAUAUGGCGUCCAUGAUGGGGACGGGUGAGGCUCCGUGUAUAAAUUGGAGGAAGGUAUACGACACCAUGUACUUCAAAACCAGUUACGAGAGGGGCAUGGGUUCACAACCACGAUACUACGGCGAGCCAACAGUUGGUCACAUGGGGGCGAAAGUUCACGCCACACGAAACACGCAUUUUGCAAAUGUACUUAUUGUUCUGCUCCUAAUGGUGGUGCUGGUGAUUGCUUAUAAUGUCUUGUAGUUUUAGACGCACGAGCAAUAGACAUGAUUAAGAAGCAAUGCAAACUAACUUUUAUAAUUGAGCCAGCCACCGGCACGUCGUUUCAUAUUUAUAUAUGUUGUCUCUGAACAUUUAUCUUCAGCGACGCUUCUAUCCACGAUGUCACUCUUUCCCGAAAUUCGUGAGUUGGAGGGAUGUCGAUGAUGCCAGAGCGGCGAAGCAUCCACAGCCACAGUAUUUCGGCGCAGACGGCGUGGUGCUAACGAAGUUGAACUACGAGCCUACCUACGGGCACGCGCGAAUGCCGAAAGGCUUCUUUACCUCUAAGUCUGCCUUCAACUUGUACCCCAAUCCAAAGCAGUAGACUAGUCUACACUUCUACCGAUCGUAGGGUGAUACUAAUAUUGGUUGACGACCUGAACACAGAACUACAGAUAAUAGCUAUGCGCUACAUGAAGAUACAAAUGGAGUUACUUGGACUAUAUAUAGUGGGUGUUCUCGCGGAGUACUCAUAGUACAAGAUGAAGAUUGCGAAAUAUUAGCGGUUUCUUUCAGCCAGGGCUCGCCGUAAGUAGGUUGUGCAUCUCUUAGGAAUCUCAUGUUUCCGUGUCCCCAUUCAUGAUGAAUUACAUCUAAGUCUGCUCGAGGAUGUUGUUCCCCUUCACACAUGGUUGCCCCGAUUUAUACUAGCCUCAUUUCUUCUACCAAGCAUAGCAAUGCAACAUUCAUUAAGUCAUGUUCAUUCAAUUUGUACUGGAAUACUCCACCUAUGAGCUUUUGUUUCUAAUAAUAUCGAGUAGCUUGAGAAGUCCAUGUUAGUUUACUAUCUUUGUCGACUAUGUAGAACAUAUUACCACCCUGCUGAUUCCAGCAUUGUUGUCUUCGCAUUUGCAUUCUCGAUGGAUUAUCUACAUAUUUAUUAAUAAUGUCAUGGAAACUAGCGAAUGAGAAAUACGCCUAUGAUGUUGAUAUAGUUUGCUGAUACAUCGUCAUCGUCGCGGAACAAACUACAGGUCAGAAUACUAGAGAAUAAUCUGCGCAAUAUCUUCUCUUACUCUUUCUUCCCUUGGUUUGUUACUAGUAGUACCACACCACGAG